GAGCGAGACGGAUAGAACUAGGGUCGCACAUUUCCAAUCUAUCUAUUUAUCAUUUUAUUUUAUUUUGUUCCCCCUCUUUUCUUUCACACCUCUCCUUCCUCCCCCCUGUCUGCAUUCAAAACACACGAAGCAAACACCAUUAACCACCUAUUAUUUUAUUUUAUUUUACGUUGGUUAAAGUAAACCCUAAACCCUAACCGCCACAUUGCUCUCACUUCAAUGCCCUUCCCUUUCGUGUAAAAUUUAUUCCGUAAAUGCUAGAGGAAAUGUGGUGAUUGCUUCGGUGGAUACCGCGCUUUUUUUUUGUUUAUUUUAAUCAAAUGGCGGAAUAUGUGGCUUCACCGUCAUGCAUCAAGCUGCAUUUGCACCCAAGUUUUCUUAGGCAGAGAGGAUUUGUGAAUCGGAAUUCCAAUUUCAGGACGCCGCCAAGCAAGUUUUCCUAUGGGAGCUGUAAAGUAUUAUGGCUUUCAACAUGGAGAAAAUGGAAGGUUGAUAAUCCAUUUUUCUCAAAUCUGAAAGUAAGUCCCUGCUUCAUGGAAACUCCCUUGAGGUCUACUAGCGUGUGGUCAUUUGUGGAUUCUGAUAGUAUAACAGCCUCUGAUUGGAUAACUUUCGGGGAUCAAUUACUCUUGAUGACUGGUAUAUUUCUCACGUAUGUGGCUGGAGUAGUUCCUGUCCAAAAGUCCAGUUCCACAUCUCCAAAAAGCAUAGCUGACAAUGAUGCCUUUCCCCAAGGUUCAACCUCUUCUGGGAGUGCCAGGAGAAACAGUGAUCAAAAUGAUUUGAAGCCUGUCUGGGAUGUAGUAAGAGGAAAACUUUUAGAUUCUCUAGAUGUUAUUGAAAGUGAGAAUGAUUUCAGAAAUGUGGUCUUUGAUGAGCAGCAACGUGCAAAGCGACCCUUGAGUUUGUACGCUUUAUCUGAAGGUCCAAAGAUAAGAUUGCUUUGGGCUUCUCUUCAGCAACUUGAGGAAGAGGUAAAAAACAAUGUUGUUACUUCUGAUACCGGCAAUAUAGAUGAUUGGUUGAUAGCCUUUUCCAGAAUUAUUCAAAAUUCCUGUAAGCCAGCAUGCUUUGCUUGGCUGAAAAAGGAACUUGGACUUCAAACCAAUAAUAUGGAACUUGUUUCUUUGAUAACUGAGAAGUUAAAUGGAGACAACACAGUUUUACAAAAUAUUACAAAGUCUGGGAAGAAAAACCUGUAUGCAGAAUUGUUGUAUUUUCUUAGAUUUGGUUCUCUAAGGAAAGGUUGUUGUUACGACCAAAGCUUGUUUACUUUAUAUGGGGAUUCCAUAUUGGAAGAUCUGGUGAUAACUAUAGCAGAUGGGAUAGCAAGCACUUAUUUGGACCUUAUUUCUGUUGAUGGCAAUUUGUCUGAUGAAGUGAAUGAUCUGGGUUUAGCCAUCUGUAAUUUAUCUACUCGUGCACUCCAAAGGUUGCGUAAUGAGGUGGCUUUAAACCAGUGGUUGUAUCAAAAUCUGGAGGCUAUUGUAUCAAUGUAUGAGGAUCGCUUUGACCUCUACACACUUAAGAGCCAACUCAUUGAGGAAAAAAGUAGUGAUUAUGCUGAAACUUCUAGUUGGUGGAAGAAGCUUAUGCUAAGAGAAAACGAAAGUGUGCUUACUUCAUUGCAAUAUGUUGUGAUAAGCCAUUUCUCUAUGUCUGUAAAACGCACCAAGGAAUUAAGAGCCUUGAUAGGGUGGAGAUACUAUUUCAGCUUGUUCCUCGAGUUCUCUGACAUUAGCUUGCCUAUGGUUAGAGUUGUCAUCGACAAAGUUAGCAAUGCAAUCUCAUUUUUUCUAGUUUGCUUGAUUGGGAGGUCAUUAGGACUCAUAUAUACGGGAAUUAGGCAGUCCCUCAGAUGGAAGUGAGAUGUAAACGGAAAUGGUGGGAGCACAGGCAUGUGGAAGUGACUGGCACAGAGACUAAUGCUUUUGAAAAGAUGGGCAAAAGUAAAAAUGUACAUUUCAGAAGAUAAUUUCUCUCUCUUUGUGCCCUACCAUCACUUCCCAUUAUACAUUAGUGAAUUCAUGGUGUCGAGUUCACAAUCUGAAACUCUGAAUUAAGCUUUCCCUGGUAAGGAGAUCUGUUACUGAGAAAAACUACGGUUAAUGAGAUUAGGGCCGAGAGCUGUACUUGCUCAAUCAAGAUGAACACAUAUUUGUUCUAGGUUUUUACUGGUUGGAAACGAGAGCCUUUUUAUUUUACCCUUACUAUUGUAUAAUCUUAAUUAUAUCCAUGCAACCUUUUUGUGAACUAGCAUUGAACAACCAUGAAAUAUUAUGAAAUUAGUGAGGAUUGCUGUCUGAGAA